AGAGAGAGAGAGAGCUUUCGUUUCGUUCUCAUUCUGUCUCUUCUCCCCCUCUCUUGUUCAUCCGUUUCUGGUUCCUGCUUCCGUCUUCGUUUGAGGGCGGUAGCAGCAGCGGAAAAGCGCUUCCAUUUUUCUUGACAGAGUUUGUCCGUCCGUCUUCGUCGAUUACUGAUUCGUCUUCUCUUUUCCAUUUUUCGUGUCGUUCUUUUUGGUGGGUCUCUUCUGCAAUGCAUCAAGAGGAGUGAUCUUUGAGCGAACGGUUCACUGACAUUUCCAGCUCUGCCUCCCAUUUCUUUUUUUCUUGCCUUCUGCUUUGCUUGACCCAGAAGCAAUAUCGCAAAGCAAAUAUUCUCUCUCAAAUUCUCUGCUUUCUUCAGAUAACUCGAUUACCAGAUCACAGAGAUCUACUUGCUUUCAUCAGCUCUACUCCCUAGCAUCACAUUCUUCUUCUCUCCCAUUGCUCUGUUUCGAGAUCGAAAAACAGAGCAAGCGAGUCUCCGUCGAAAUGGACCGGCUCUCCGCAACUAGUCUCCUUCCCGACACGUUCGAAGGAGCAAGAGACGACAUCUCCAUGCAACUGUCCUUGAUUUGGGCUCAGAUCAAAGCGCCGCUGCUCGUCCCGAUGCUCAGGAUCGCGGUGGUCCUGUGCCUGGCCAUGUCGCUGAUGCUGUUCAUCGAGAGGGUGUACAUGGCCGUUGUCAUCCUCCUGGUGAAGCUCUUCGGCCGGAAGCCGGAGAAGCGGUACAGGUGGGAGCCCAUGAAGGACGACGUCGAGCUGGGCAACUCGGCCUAUCCCAUGGUCCUGGUCCAAAUCCCAAUGUACAACGAGAGAGAGGUUUAUCAGCUCUCCAUCGGAGCCGCAUGCGGUCUCUCCUGGCCGUCCGACCGCAUCAUCAUCCAAGUCCUCGACGAUUCCACCGACCCGACGAUCAAGGACUUGGUGGAGCUGGAGUGCCAGAGGUGGGCGAGCAAGGGGAUCAACAUCAAGUACGAGAUCCGGGACAACCGGAACGGGUACAAGGCCGGGGCCCUGAAGGAGGGCAUGAAGCGGAGCUACGUGAAGCAGUGCGACUACGUCGCCAUCUUCGACGCCGACUUCCAGCCCGAGCCCGACUACCUCUGGCGGACCAUCCCUUUCCUCGUCCACAACACCGAGAUCGCCCUCGUCCAGGCCCGUUGGAAAUUCGUGAAUGCGGACGAGUGCUUGAUGACCAGAAUGCAAGAGAUGUCCCUGGAUUACCAUUUCACCGUCGAGCAAGAAGUCGGGUCCUCCACCUACGCCUUUUUCGGAUUCAACGGCACGGCGGGUGUAUGGCGUAUUGCUGCUCUGAACGAGGCGGGAGGUUGGAAGGACCGGACCACUGUGGAGGACAUGGACUUGGCAGUCAGAGCGAGCCUUAAAGGCUGGAAGUUCGUGUACCUCGGGAGUCUCAAGGUGAAAAAUGAGCUGCCUAGCACCUUCAAGGCAUACCGCUAUCAGCAACACCGUUGGUCGUGCGGUCCCGCGAAUCUUUUCAGGAAGAUGGUCAUGGAAAUCAUCCGAAAUAAGAAGGUCAAUCUAUGGAAAAAGGUGCAUGUGAUUUACAGCUUUUUUCUGGUUAGAAAGAUUGUAGCGCACAUCGUCACCUUCAUGUUCUACUGCGUUGUGUUGCCGGCGACCGUUUUUGUGCCCGAAGUCACCGUUCCCAAGUGGGGUGCAGUUUAUAUUCCUUCCAUUAUUACUCUUCUUAAUGCCGUCGGUACUCCUAGGUCACUCCAUUUGAUGGUUUUCUGGAUCCUGUUCGAGAAUGUCAUGUCGUUCCACCGAACAAAAGCGACCUUCAUCGGCCUAUUAGAAGCCGGGAGGGUGAACGAAUGGAUCGUCACCGAGAAAUUGGGGGAUGCGCUCAAAGUUAAAGCAUCUAACAAAGUGCCCAAAAAGCCUAGAUUCAGAUUUGGAGAUAGGUUACAUGUGCUAGAGCUCGGUGUUGGAGCCUACCUCUUCUUUUGCGGCUGCUACGACAUUGCCUUCGGGAAGAAUCACUACUUUAUUUACCUUUUCGCGCAAGCCAUUGCCUUCUUCAUCAUGGGAUUUGGGUACAUCGGCACCUUCGUUCCUAAUUCAUAGAACAAAUCAGGCUGCAGAAGCCGUGAAUCUGUCCCCCACAUUCUAUCAUCAGAACCUCAAAACACAAAAAAAGAAAAAUGCGGUUUGCCACACACAUUUCCCACGGCUUUUCCAUAAAGGUAACACAUUAUAUUAAAUGUCAUUCUUCCAGUUCAAGAAGGCUACCUGUCCUCUUUGUAAAUAGAAACAAGGGUUAGAAACAAGAACAGAAAGGAGAAACUACAAGAAAGAAAAGGAGUUGUAAGAGAGAGUUUGUUUUGCCGUGACAACAUUACACGGCCUCAGAGAAGAUAUAAAGGGAAGGCAGCUUAGCCAGUUCGACUUCUGCGCGAAUUCGACCAGAGGGAACGAGAAAAAAAAAAAAAAAGCACGCGUUUGAGUGAAAUUGUUUGUUGUGAGGAGCAUUUGUAUAUUUGUGUCCUCUUUUGUUUCUCUUCUUCCUUGUUUUGUUCUGCACUUCUCUUAUUUCGUUGUGAUUGAGCUUCUUUGGAAGCAAAUAAGUUUGAUAUCAAGUGGAUAAAUUCACAGUUGCAA